GAAGAAACGAAAAAAGAGGAAAUUAUUUCCUUGCAGCAGAAUUUACGCGCCGCUUCAACCCUGAACCAAGCCCUCGCCGCCAACGCCGCCUUGCCGCUGACACCGAGGAGCAGCAUCGCGACGGCGGUGGUAGGCUGGUCCAUAGGAGUCCUUGUGCAUGGCGCAGGUGUUGGCGGCGCUCAGGCCGAUAGUGAGAUACAGCAUCGGCGGCACCCUCAUCGGCCUCGCCAUCUCCGACCGAUACUUCUCGGUCGCCGCCGUCCACGGCUCCUCCAUGCACCCCACCUUCGAGGACAGGACAGGUGAAUACGCGUUCGUGCAGCGGUCCGGCCUCGCACGCUACGACCUCUCCCGCGGCGAAGUCGUCACCUUCGUGUCGCCGGUGGACCACCGAAUCAGGCUGGUCAAGAGGCUCAUCGGGAUGCCCGGCGACUGGAUCAGUGUCCCGGAGACGGCGGAGAUCCGGAAAGUACCAGAGGGGCACUGCUGGCUCGAAGGGGACAACGGCAGCGUCAGCUGGGACUCAAGAAUCUAUGGCCCUAUUCCUCUUGGUCUAGUGCAGGGGAGGGUUACACACGUGGUGUGGCCGCCUCACAAAAUUGGCCGAGUCAACAAGAGGCUGCCAGAAGGAAGGGUCAUGCCGCAGCGACACUUUUAGCCUCUCUUCUUGGGAUUUGGCUCAUAUGACGUUCCGUCAAAGAGGAUGCCUUCAUUUCCUCUCACUUCAGCGUCUCGCGCACGAUAUGGAUCCCAGCAGCAACUGGAAAUUUUAUCAAAAAGCACUAGGCCACUAGCCACUGCUGAAACUCCUCUUUCGUUGAGAGUAGAUGUCAGCUCUGAAGAUCCAGCACAUGAUAGAUUUCACAUCAUUCACUUUGCAUGAACUUCAGAAACAAUUAUUGUGUUCUCUUCUUUGUAUGUCAUACUGAGCACAUAAACUGAACCAGCAUGUGCUUUUAUCAUAGGAAAUCCAUAAGAAGCCGUUCUGUGUCUAGACCCUACAAUGAUUAAGGAGUUGCAUUUUCAUGGUUUGUUU